AUGAGUAUGGAUGACCUUACAAAUAUACUCAUGCCUGGGAUGGGGCUGGAGGACGAAGAAGAGAUGUGUGAUGAAGACAUGCUCGCGAAUCAUCGAUUGGCGAAGAAAAACCUGAAGUUUAUAGUGGCCAAGAUUCCCGCGAAGGCAUUCAAACAAGGCCGGAAGCCAUCGAUCUGGGACAUAUACACGAGUUCUCCAAGGGUUAUCGCGUACUGCUGCCCAACAAGACUCGACUUGCGUUUCGUCUUCUCGUGCUACGACCAACUCUCCGACUUGUGGUUCAUCGCCAAACCAGGGCAGGAUGUCGACGUCAACCGUGCCAUAUGGUAUUGGGGCAUGGACAAGUCCCACUCUUUCCUGGCGGAGAACCGAGGCAUCUACUACAACCUCCUGGUGAUGGUGUUUACCAUUGCACACUCACGCGCCGGAUAUCCCACGCCGUGGAUCGCGCCGGGAACCGAACCUUUUGUCAACCAAUUCGUCGAAGCCUGGGUGGCGUACGUGAUUCCAGGAGAGAACUUCAGCAAGCCAGAGGAAUUCCUGGCAACGUGGACGGAAGGCAAGACAGACUUGAUGGUUUUCACAGAAGGGCAACUGGAUGCCAUGAAAUUUUGGCCUAAAGGGAUGAAGAAGAAGAAAGCACUAAACGACUUGUUGUGGAAUCCGAUGGAUUUCCUCGUCCACGGUCCCGGUCUCCUGACGCAGAGGCAGAUGGACGAGUACGGAAUGUUGCUCGCCUAUGAAUUCGUGAAUAAGGUACUGUGCGUGGGAAAGAAGGCACAAGAUAGAUCGCCCGGUGGGAGGAUGGCGGAUCCUGUGGUUAAACACCUCCUCCGCAUCCAAGACGUUAAUUGGAAGGCGCCGCUCGUGCGUGCGCUCGUGGAGGAUGAUGACGACAUGGAUCUGGAGAGGCAUACAACCGGGCAGAAACAGCGGGCGGAAGCAUGGAUGGAUUCGACUCAAGCUAUCGCAAUGUUGCAACAACAAUUGGGUGAUCGGGGUCAGGAAUAG